AUGAUCUGUGAUAAAUCGAUUGAUAUAAAAAUGAUCGAUACGUGCACUUGUUGCUGCAACGGAUGUUCCUCAAGGAGACAAGGAUAUACUUAUAGAUAUAGUUUUCCCAAAAAGCUUUUGGUAGCUACAACAGUACUAGUAGUUAUAGCAAUGAUUGUGAUGCCAUCCGAAGCGCGGACGUUAGAACACAAAAUUAGGCAUGAGAGGCGACAGCAUGAGGCGUUAGCACCAACCAAAGACUUGAGGAUGAAGCUAGAGAGCCGCGUGGUGGAACACAGGAGACGGCCGCACAGAAAGCAAACCGUCCUGCCUCAAGCCAAAGACACAGAAAACGUCAGACAGAAAAACGUCCAAUCAGAUCGCUUCAAGACCGCAACGAGAAAAAUUACAAAAAAGUUGACGAACACGAGGAGGUUCUUCAUCGAGGAGCGAAAAGUCCUCAACGAGACGCGGGAGUACAGGGACGGCAUGCCUGACUGGCUGCCCACCAUCAACUUCGUCGACAUUCACUUCUACAACUACAAAAAACGUGGCGCGACCAUGUCUGAACGCAAAUUCGCGUACCUGAUGCCAAAACUUUACAAGUCGCUUGUAGAGUACCAAGAGAUCUUCACACUGCUCAUCAAAGUAGAAGUUGAAUUCGCCGACGAUCCUUUCUGCUCGUACAACAAAACUCGCCACGAAUUGAUAGGGAAGACUCUUCAUAGAUUAUACAGUACUAUAGCCGAAGUAAGGGAGAAUAUGGUGUCUGUAAAUAUACCAGUGCCUCAAGUUAGCAAAAACAAGAACUUACAAGUUUUAGAAAAGAAGGUUGAUGCGCCCCAGUGUUUGAAGAACGACUACAUAGCGUUCAGAGCGUACGGCAACCUUCUCAACAACUGGUACUCAGAAUUCAGGUGUCCCCGAGGCAAGAAAGUUAUCAGGAAUAACAGCAAAUGUGCCGACUACGAGGCCAAACUAAAAGAGAAGAAAGAUAAAAGAUAUAAGAACACUGAAAGAUGA